AUGGCAGAAGCAGCGAAGUUGGACAUGAGUGGGACGGUAUUCAUCUAUAAUGCUCGUAUCUCAAAGUACUGGCCACCUCAGGAGUAUUCACUAGACCUCGUCGAGCCGAAUAUGUUCCAGUGGACCAUGUCGAAGAUGCAUAUCCGAUCCUUGGUGGUCACUGAGCUGCUUACGGUGCCAAUUACUGGACAUUUCGAGGCAUUGCUCGGUCACGUCGCUCUUACAAUAUCAGUCCGACUAGAAAAUACCAUCGGAUCACCUCAAGUGCGAUCGGCGCUCUGCCAGUCGAGCAUCGGUUAUGUCGACCUGAAUGUACGGAACACCGGUGUAAUCACGGACUUUUUCAUCAAUGCCUUCAAAGCAUUUCUUAUUGCCCACUUCAAACCGCAAGUGGAACAGCGAAUGUGCCGCAUGAUCGAAACGUUAAUCAAUCAGGACAUGAAUCAGCUGCUUAGCACUAUGCCCCUCAAGGUAGCACUCACUUUUAAUUAG